GAAGGUCACAUAUUUUUGGUGCCGAAACCCGAUUUGUUAAUCCAAUAGUAUUCAUAUAACAGUAUGGCUAAUUACCAACACAACACUGCAGCGGACCUACUGAUGGAGUUGUCAGCAUCAACACCGGAGCCGUACUCUGCGAUGACCCCAUCACUGGUACAACCUACAAUGGCGCUGAACCAUACCUAUGCACAAGCUGCUGCACCACAGACCAGUACACCAGGAUAUCCUUCUAAUCUGGAGCCUGAUGUCAGCAUAAUUCAGCCGGCAGUGUCACCUCUACUGUUAGCUGGGUUUGAUCCCUCGCCUACUCCAGAAGUUGUGCUGCCACCUAGAGUGAUUUCAUCUCACCAGAUCAAAAACGUCCCCACCUUCACGGGGAGGGACAAAUAUGGGUUAAAAAUAGAAGAUUGGGUGAGGGAUAUGAAGUAUUUAUUAGAGUCCAAGGGUUAUACCACCCCAUUACCCCAAUUCCAUGAAAUUGUCCGCCAUACUGGGGGCCGUGCUCGGGAUUUAGUCUUGAAUUUGGAAAGUUUGGGACCUGCCAGCAUGACGCCUGAAGCAGCGUUGAAGGAGCUCCUCAGCGAGUAUGGAGAGCUGAAUGUCACUGUAUCUCCUAUGGCUGCGUUUUAUGCCCGUGUGCAACAACCUACAGAGACAGCACGCGAUUAUGCCAUUGCCCUUGAAGCGCUUCUGCGCAGAGUAAAGGAACAGCUGAAAGGUCUGCAGAUGCAUGACAAUUUUGACCGAGACAAACUCCUUUGCACUCAGUUUAUGCAUGGGUUGAAAGACGUUGCAGUAAAGAACCGCCUUGCUCCAAUGAGACCGAGACAGAUGACCUACAAGGAACUAAGGGAGGAACUCCAUGUCAUCUCAUUCGAGUUGGGACAGGACCGCCACAUGCUGAGUGCAACUGACCCUGCACAGAUAUAUUCACAAUCGAUACGCAGACCAAAGGAACAAGUUGCCCCUAAAGCUGCUCCAUCACAAGAUGUUAAUAUGGAAAUUCUUGAGAGGUUGAAGGCAUUAGAGAUGAGGUUUCAAAACAUGGAGAGAAGUAAACAAGUCGAUAAAGAAAGGCCCCGACAACGUCCCCGCACCAAUGAAUGCUAUAAUUGUGGCCGUAUUGGACAUUUUGCCAGAAACUGCUCUCAACCAAGUAAUGCCCGACAAGUU